AUGAAGAUUGAAGUUCAGCUCGCGCCCCAGCCCCAGCUUGUUGGUCUCACCGAUCCUGUUCUUGUAGAAGUUCAAGCUUCGCUCCAUGAUCACCGUCAAGUCUCCGAGGAUUUCGGAGGAUUGCCAACUUUACCUCGUCCCCUUCCUAGGUCAAGCACAGACAACCCGAUUGACGUUGAUGCUCUCAGUGACCCAGAUAUCGAAACUCGCGUCUAUCCUCAUGACUUGCCCCGCGCCGGCGACAGUAUUGGUUUGUUGAGGUACUUCUCCUGCCGGAGACAAUGA